UGGCAGCCAGAGGCAAUGAAGAAGACAACGUAGUCGAGCUAAGGCGGAUGUCUGUAGACUCCAACUACCGCGGGAAGGGAAUUGCCAAGGCUUUAGGCCGCAAAGUCCUGGAGUUUGCCAUGUUAAACCACUACUCCUCCAUUGUGCUUGGCACUACAGCUGUGAAAAUAGCAGCUCACAAGCUGUACGAGUCUUUGGGUUUCAAGCAUGUGGGUGUCAUUGAAAAUCACACUGUCCCGGGGAUGACACAUUCAUUACUAGAAAGAAUGUUCUUUCAGCUUCGCUACCACCGCUACUGUCUACAGCUUCGUGAAGAGUAG